UGCGCACCGUGCCUGGCAGGAGCCCAGAGCUUCGGAUCCCGCGAAGCCGUCGGUAACGCGCGUGGACGCUGCUCGAAGAACGGGCUCCGUCCCUCCGAGCAGACGGUUUCCGAGGCGAGCCGCACGCGCACCGGGCCGAAGGGGGGCUCGCGCUGCUUCGCCCACCGCGCGCAUACCGCCGCGUCGCCUCGCCUCGCCGUGAAUGGACACAACCGAACCCUUUCGCAAUCCAUUCUGCGCGCAGCCCGCGGGGCGCAGAAAGUCUGGGACAUCAUUUUCCGGCCCGCUCAGUGCGAUGCGCAGCUGCAAACACAGCGUGGGCUUCACCCGCUGAGUGCGACCGCUUGGGUUUUUCUCCGCAACAUGUUUUGAGCGCCAAGGCGGCGGAGACAGCGACUGGUUGUCGACGGCAGGCGGUGGAGGAGGAGGAGGAGGAGGGCGGGGGGGCUCGUCCACUGCUCGUCUGCGUCUCCCCCACAACAACAGAGCGCGGGGGGCGGGGGCAGUCGAAGCGGAGCAGCCCUGGAGUGGAAAUCUGGAAACAUACGGCGUUAACAUGACGAUGUCCGUCCCGGAAAGGAAAUCAGGAUCCGAGGGGAAGGAGGAGGAGAGCGAGGAUGAGAGCGAAAUCCUGGAGGAGAGCCCGUGCGGCCGCUGGCAGAAGCGCAAGGAGCAGGUCAGUCAAGGCAAUGUUCCAGGUGUGGAGAGCGCCUCCCUGGCCAUGGACACCGAGGAGGGAGUGGAGGUCGUGUGGAACGAAGUGCUCUUCUCUGACAAGAAGGUCUUCAAAGCACAGGAGGAGAAGAUCAAAGAGAUGUUCGACAACCUGAUGCAGGUUGAACACCCCAACAUAGUCAAGUUCCACAAGUACUGGUUGGACAUGAAGGAGAGCCAGGCUCGAGUCAUAUUCAUCACUGAGUACAUGUCGUCAGGCAGCCUCAAACAGUUCUUGAAGAAAACUAAGAAGAACCACAAGACCAUGAAUGUGAAGGCCUGGAAGAGGUGGUGCACCCAGAUUCUCUCUGCCCUCAGUUACCUACACUCUUGUGACCCACCCAUCAUCCAUGGAAACCUGACGUGCGACACCAUCUUCAUCCAGCACAACGGCCUCAUCAAGAUCGGUUCAGUGUGGCACCGGCUGUUCGUUAAUGUGUUUCCAGAUGCCAGCGUCCACAGCAAAGGGAGGCAGCACCGCGACGAGCAGAGGAAUCUCCACUUCUUUGCUCCAGAAUAUGGAGCUGGCGAAGGCGACUACUCCAUUGACAUUUUCUCCUUUGGCAUCUGUGCUCUGGAGAUGGCCGUACUGGAGAUCCAGGCCAACGGCGACAGUGCUGUGUCCAAGGAGGCCAUCGUCAAUGCAGGUCAAUCCCUGGAAGACCCUCUCAUGAGGGAGUUCACUCAGUCCUGCCUGCGCCACGAGGCCAAGCUCCGUCCCACCGCUCACGACCUGCUGUUCCACCGCGUCCUGUUUGAAGUCCACUCCCUCAAACUGCUUGCCGCCCACUGCCUCAUCAACAACCAGUAUUUGCUUCCAGAGAACUGUGUUGAGGAGAAAACCAAGUCCUUUGACCCCAACGCUGUCAUGGCAGAGAUUAAACACAGCGACAGACAGGGAGUUCAGCUCAAAUAUUCCCACGUGUCUCCAUUGGAACUGGACAAGUUCCUGGAGGAUGUGAAGAAUGGGAUUUACCCGUUGAUGAACUUCGCCUCAUCGCGGCCUCACCCUGUCCCUCGUGCCCCGUCCAUGUCUCAGGAGCAGGUUGAGGCAGUCAAGACACCUACUCCUGAACCCCAGGAGACAGAAACAAGGAAGGUUAUUCAGAUGCACUGUAACUUGGAGUCAAAUGAUGAAGGGACCAAAACUCAUCUCUCUUUGUUUCUGAAGAUGGAUGAUAAACUGCACAGGCAGCUCAGCUGUGACAUUUUUCCCACUGACACUUCCAAAGAUCUUGCCAGUGAACUUGUUCACUACGCCUUCAUUAAUGAGGACGACAGUGAGAAGGUGGCUGGUUUCCUGGAAGACGCCAUUAGCCGACACCGGGUCCGAACGCUCACAUCUGGGAGCACGCAGUGAGGUGGCGUCACUUCAGCAGCUGGCCCAGACGGUUGGGGAGUGUCGACUGCAUGAACUGAGACUAGAGGAGAGAAGCGGGCAGGGUCAUACAGCCAGGGACAAAGGGAGCUGGGGGAGCAGAGCCUGCACAGAAGGAUGCUGGAACUUAACAGUCAGUUAAUUAAUCCAGAGAGACGGAGGAAACCCCGGCACCGAGACAGGGACUGGAGGCUGCUCCGGUUAGAGGACCAGAGUCAUCAAGGCUGUGUUCAGCAGUUCCCCCAAGGCAGUGGAGGAUUGACAAACUCCCUGCCUAGAAGGGCUAUAAUGCCUUAAGUUAUCUCCACAGCUUAGUUUUCAGUAAUGCCACUGCUCAGAGCAGAGAUGUUUUACUUACAAAUGCAGCAGUUGUGUUUUUUAGAGGGACGUUGCAUUGUUUCAAGCCUUGAUUGCACUCCAAUGUCCACUUUAAUUGGUGACUAUUUACGUAUAGCAUAAUAAUUUACUAAAACCUUUCACUCUCUUAAAAGUCAGAACCUUCAGUUCAUAAACGUUUCAGGAAUUCAAUAUCCCAUCCACAAUCACUGUUAAUACUCAUUCAGUUGACUUAUUUAUUAUUCUUUAACUGUGAACAAUACAACCGUUGCACAUUGUGCUUUUUUAUUUCUUUCCUGCAAGUUAACCGCUCACUGCGUUGUUGGGUUAAAGUCAGUUUCUCCCAGAGCUAAACACCAAGCCUAAAUGUGGAAACAAGCAAUGAGACGAUGCCUCUAUUUUAGCCUGUAGUGCUCUUAAGGGUUUUCCCUGUGAAAGUGUCCCGAAAGCCAAAGACUUGCAAAGUGCCUGAAAUGGCAAAGGACAACACUUCUUAAUGAAAAGGCAUCAAAAACAUUUUACAUUUGGAACGUAAAUUCUUUUAAGUCUUAAUUAUUAAAGUCCACCAGUUUGUAGGACACCCAGCAGCCAUUGGAUGUAAGAUUCAUGGAUUAGCUGAUACUCACUGCUGCAGUAUUAGAGUAAUAAAAGUUGCAGCUGUGUAAAAUAGGAAGUUUGCAUAUAUAUUAAAAAGCUUGUUUAAAAAAAUCAGUCGUAUGUAGAUGUCAGGAAGGGUUUUAAUAGUGUGAUCUUGAACAAUUAAUAAAAAUGCCAUUUUGUCAAUAAAGGUUUGUUCUAUACUUUAUUUUUGAUUUCCCGAACUAUUCUAUGAUUUUUGGAUUUGUUGUUUCUAGAUGUAUUUUAAAGGAAAAAUCUACCCAAAAAAUACGUUUUAAUAUGUUGUCAUGUCUGUAAACAGUAAUAUUGCUACCAUAUAGUUCCAGAAGCUACUGAUCAUAAAGCAGCAUCCCUCUAAGCAGUAUAAUUAUAUUUGUAGCAUAUAGUAAGAACUAUUUGCUUAAAAUGUGUUCAUUUCCCAGGUCUACAUACUGUAAUUUUAUUUCAGAGAGUGUCAAAGAGAAAUUUGGAAUUUUUUUUGCACUAAAGCCCACUCAAACCCAAAAAUACAAAAUGUCCCUUCUGCUGUGCCAGAUUUUCAAUACUGUAAGGGACAAGCAGUUGGGUGGAUUUUUCCUUAACAAAACUGGACAAUGAAGAAAGGAACAAUACGGAGCUGUCGAAUCAGUCUUCAGCAGUAUGCGUUUUUGUAACAGUCACACGGCUGUACAGUCAUUGCUUACAGUGCUUAUUAUACAGUGUGUCCUUCUUAUCAGUGUGGCUCUCAAGACAAGAGCCCAGAACUCUGGUUCCCAGACAUUUACUUACUAUAGGCUGUGGUGUACAUACGUGUUUGUUGCUAUUAAAAAACUUUUACUUUGACAGAUCUUCAAUGAAAAGCAGUGCCACUAUCUCUCUCAUUUGAUAUAGUAAGAUGCAUGUCUUAAUAGCCUGCAACCUGUCAGAACUUUGCAUUUUGCCUUUGUCAGUCACUGUUCAGUUCCAGACAGGACUUGACCAAGAAAACGAAUGUUUAGACCGUGGAUACAUGAAAACAAAAAAACAUCCAUAUACGUCUUAUUUUACGUCAGAUGACUUUUUUCCAUGACUGUUGAAUGAAACUCGCCUUUGGAUGUGUUCUACUAAAAUCUUUAAUUAUUGUAGCUACUGCAAAUACAUGACAAUAAAAAAAUAUGUGAAAUGUU